GCCUGCUCGUUGGCGCUGCGAAAGCUGCGACGAUUUUGCUGAGCGCGGUGGCGCUUUCGUGCAGCUGCGAGUGGUCUGCUUGGGACGGUAUCCGAGUAGCGGCGGGAUGUGAGACCUGAUGGAGACUUUGUGCCGACGUCGUUGAUCGCGGACGUGUGAAAUGAUAAGCGGCAAUGAGACGUGCUUGCCUUGACGUCCCACGCGGACAAAGCAGAUCACGUACGAACAUGAAGCGCGCGUUGCCAUCCCAAAAUGACGAUGACCCUCUUUGCCUUGCAGGUCGUCUCGCACUCUGACUGCACACUGCUCAAAAGCGAAGGGACACACAACAUUCGCCGGCUUUCCAAACGUGGUCUCGCAUCUGAAACACGCAGGGAGGCCCAAAAAAUUCGCGCGAGCCGCAUUCAGUCACACGUCUUCUUCGGAAUCGAGAUGCUUGGGAUUCUCCUCACUGCCAACGGUUCGAGGACCGCCCGGGCGACUCGGAGCACGCGAGCGCUACCCGAUCAAUUGCCUCUCGACUUGCCUCUGCACUCGACUCGGCACACGAGGCGCGACUCACGGGUUAGGAAAGCCCGCUCAGUCAGAGCGAACACAGGAAUACAGAUUGUAAACGACGGAAAGGGGUUCACCUGACCAGGUUCUCUCGACGCUCAGAGCGACCACAUGCAUCACGAAGACUGAUCAGAUUCUUGCACCGUCUCUCUGCUCCAGGAUGGGCAGGUGACAGAGGAGCAC